AGAUGCACAACGCAUAAACAAAAAUCUCGAAAAGAUUAUGUGUGUCAGGUACCUAUAAAAAGUAAAAUGCUGUGAUUAUACUGUUUUAUGUUUGCUUGAUUGUAUGGCAAUAAGUUAAAGAUGAAAUUCCUAGCAACUUUGUUUAUAGCAUUUGCUGUACUCUAUUCAGCUCUAUCAGUUCCUCAGUUUUCAAUUGGUGGCAGUAAUGUCCCAGACAUAAGAUACGAAUUGAAAGCUGUAGAGGCUCUUAAAGAAGCCUACGAAUUGUACCCAAAUGACGCCCUCAAGCGCGUAGAAGCCUUUUCGGACCUUUUCGGAGAAGUGUACACUAUAGACAAUGGUUGGAACGUUGUUAGUGCCUGCGACACUUUCUACACUAACAAACAACGUAUUUAUGUAGAUAUUAUAGUUAAAGAAUCAGCAUUAACCGCAGACAACACAACUGAGACAACUAUUAAAAUUUUUAGUUAAAUGUGUUAUGAGUUUUGUAAAUAAACUUUUAUGGAAAUAUAUAAAA